CGCCAAGAGCUAAUGCAGAAGGCACUACUUGGUACGCUGUUUACGGUCCUGGAAGCCUCGAACGAGAGUCCGCUUGCCGAGGUGCGGGCCGAGACCGUGAUCAAGUUCGUCAUCAACUCCACGCGACCGAUCUUCUGCAAUCCGGGCGUUAAUCCCCAUAACGCGAUUGCCGUUGGGUUUCUGCGCGUCAUGCACGAUAACCUGAGUCUGAAGGAUCUGUUGAAGCUGAUGAGUCGCGAGCUGCUGACGCUCGAGAUCGGGGACGAUCCAACUUUGCGAGCCGAUUUAGCGACCGCUGUCGAUGAGAUGGUCCGCGAGCCCAAUAUCGAUCCGAAGAUUGUGAAAAAUUUGACCACUUUCCGGGGACUAAUGCGGGGCAAGAUCGUCGAGCCACUCUCAUUCUCUUCGUCGCGUGUACCCGCAAUCGUCGUGCGUGAUGAAGACUCUGCCAAUGGUGACGGCCAAUCGAACGGUAAUGCGCGUAGUCAGGUGAUCGAGGAGGAGGAUGAGGAAGAAGAACGCGAAGAAGACGAUGAAGAGAAGCGGGACGAUUCGCGUCUGAAUAUCAACAAGUCCAUCCUGCAGGAGGACUCGGAUACGGAUUUGCUUGCUUCACCGUUACGAUCACGCGCUUCACUGAUCAAUUCCAACAGCCUGGGGUCCCCAUCGCGCCCAGCCAAUGCUACGUCUUCGUCUGUGCAAUCACCUUUGGCGGCUACACCGCAAGAAAGCAUCGAAGGUUCGCCUAUGAAAUCGCUUCGUCGAUCACUACACUUUGGUGGAGAUCCCGGGUCCAAUACGCCAAUGCCGCCACCGACAGCAACGAAGCAACGAACGCCAACGUUCAAAGUGCCGGAUGCUUCGGCUUUACGUAAAAUUCGUGCUAAGCCAUAUGAAACGAAAAACCCUUCCACCCCAUCAACGGAACAGAGUUUCCCAAUUCCAGCUUUGCCGGAUGCCACGAACCACGAGAGCGAUGAGGCAUCGGAUCAUGAAGAAAUUCCCGAAACUCAACCGGAUCGUAGUACACCUGUGCUUACCACUCCUACUCGCGGAAGACCCAGUGCUAAAUCGAGGCAAUCUGCUUUUACCGCACGCUCGUCCUCUUCAAGCUCUACAUCGUCAUCGGAAGGGGAUGUGGUGAAUGCUUCACCAAACGCUAGCACAAUGCGAAAAAAUCGCUCCAUUGUACGUCCAUUGACGAAGGUAGCAGCGAAAACGCUGUUCGAACAGAAGCUACAGUCAACACCAAGCACCAUGCCCCGUACACGCCAUGCAAAUCGAAUGGAUGCUCUUAACGAAAAAGUGAUGACACGGAAAUCACUUUCAGAAGCGCUGUCCGCCAUCACUGUCGGUUCUCCUUCCCGAGAAACACGAAAGGUAAUCGCGGCCAAGUUGUUUCCCACGGCACAGGAAGAGCAACGCAAUAAGAAGUCUACCAAACAGCCAACUACGACGAAACCAGACAAAGCUACCGCUACCGCCAGCAAUGAUACGAGGCGAAGUGCAUCUGUUCGCAGAACGUUCGGUCCUGGCACAACACCUCCUCGAGAGGUUAUAACCGAGACGACAGUGCCCAAAGCGUCCGCCACAAGGACAGCUUCGCGGAACGCGUCUACUGUGCAUGCUGGCGGAAGCAAUGGUUCUCCAUACGGCAAGCGAACGCUCCCAAAACGCGUACCACGAGCAGCACGCCAAGCGCCGAAUAGUGUUACAAACAGUGAGCCAUCAAGAAACAGCAUACCAAUCGAAUCCGAAGCUAGUGGCAUCGAGAGUACAUCCAGUGGCAGUCCUAUACGCUUGAAACGGGCUGCCGUUGUGUUGUCACCGUUGAGCCCCUCCUAUCUAGAUCGUACACGGAGUCCGCGCAAAGCGACAACCAGUGCCACCUCUGCCAGACGACCAGUACGCAAGGCAAAACGAUUGUAAUGCAAUUCGAGACAUUUAGCAGAAUAGCCGAUUACGAGGAUAAGUCGUUUGUUUAAACUAAGAUGAAUUAAUUAAAGGGAAUCAAUCGUACCACGUA